GUACUUUUAGAAAGAGAAAGGGCUGCGUACUUUUAGAGAGAGAAAGUAAGAAAGAGAGGACUUUUUAUUGCACCCCUAACGAGCAAAAAUUCAGCGUUUUAGAGACUAGGCAUUACGCAUAGUGAUAAUGCAGGCCAUGAGCUUUUGAAUUCGUUCUUCGUUUUAGAGAGAGAAAGAGAGUGGAUUUAGUGAUAUUGACUUGGUCAUUUGCUGCUGCUUUCAACCUCGUUACACUGUGGAUAGAGUGAAAAGAGAGAUUUUAUUGAUAGUUCAAGCAUUUAGAGAGAGAAAGAUAGCUAGAGAGAGAGAGAGACUUUACAGUAUGGCGUCCUGAUUUGGGUUUCUGGUCGUCGGUUAUUCCUUCUUUUUUCUUCUAGCUGGAUACAGCGAACGUGGGAGACAAACCCAUUUUGCUCUUGAGAGAGAGACGUGGCAGAGAGAGAGCAAUUCUAGAGAGAGAGAGGGAAGUUGUAGAGAGAGAAAGCGGUGGAAUGCACCUUCCAACUGAUACAGAGAGGAUUGGGUUGUUUCACUUUUUGUUUUAGCUUUUGGUCUCCAUUCUGGACUGCCACAAUCCCCCACUUUCUCAGUCUUUUUAUGCUUCUUCUCCUCCUUAGAGAGAGAGAGUUGUUACAUCAGUGAGAGAUGGUUUAGAGAGAGAAAGAGAGAUACUAUGGGUUUUCCCAUUCUCGCAUUGUCUAUUUUUCGGAUUUAUUGUGGGGUUGCAAGAACCACGCUUAUGAGUCCUAAGUAGUCAUUCUAGAGUGAGAGAGAGACAAGAAAGAGGUGUAGUUAUUCUAGUGAGAGAUUUACAGAGAGAGAGAGAGAGAGAGAGGGGCCUCUGAGUUUUCCAUAGUUAUUCUAGUGAGAGUACUUAUUCCCAUUUAGCUGCUUACUUUGUUGAGCUCGUGUUCGGAACCUGAAUUUCCAUGUCUUAACUGUCAAUUCUAGAGAGAGAGAGAGAGAGAGAGAGAGACACGACCCACUUUCCCACUUCACUUGGAGCGAGAGAGAGAGUACCCUUUCACCCUCUUGGUUCAUCCUGGUCUUUCCUGAGAGAGAGAGAGAGAUGGAAAACAGCGGGUGCACCAGCAACCCCAAAACGCAGCAGCUGCCAUGGGAGCUAUGGGACAACCCAACCAGGUUCGAUUGGUCGAACGCCUUCUCCACGCCAUCACUCACCUCCACCCACUCUCUCACUACACCCCACUCUCUCUCCUCCCAAAACCAGACCACCCCAUCAACACUCAGCGAUAUCUUUCUCUCUCCUCACCCCUCCCAUGAAAUCCCACGCCUCCUCCUCAACACCCAUGGCCUCCUGAGCCUCGAGACCACGCCUGAACCAGUGAGAAUUGGCAACCUUCUCUCUAGCUCUGAUUUCUUCAGUGGUUUUAGAGAGAGAAACCAAGGGGACUCUCUCACCUGCCUCAAGUUGGGGAAGAGGCAGUACUAUGAGGAUGGACGGCUGGGGGCACGCCACGUGGCCUCUUUUCACCAGAUGGGGAAGAGAGGGAAAGUUGGUCUUAGUGGGGUUGCUAGGUGCCAAGUUGAGGGUUGUGAUGUUGGUCUUGGAGAGGCAAAAGAGUAUCACAGGAGACACAAAGUUUGUGAAAUGCAUUCUAAGGCUCCUAAGGUUGUGGUUCUUGGCCUUGAGCAAAGGUUUUGCCAACAAUGUAGCAGGUUUCAUGUGGUUUCUGAGUUUGAUGAAUCUAAGAGGAGUUGCAGGAGGAGGCUAGCAGGACAUAACGAGCGCAGGAGGAAGAGUUCUUCCGAUUCACUUGGUAGAAGCAGUUCUCAAGUUGUCCAAAACCCCUUGUGCUCAUCAGAAAACAAGAUCAUGGGUGGCAGAUUCGGCUUACCGUGCCUAAGCUUGCCGGAAAGCCGUGCUCUCUCUCUUCUGUCAUCCUCUGACCUCUCCUCAUCCUCUAGUGCCGCUCUCCGUGAGCUCAUUGCCGAGAACCGGGCCAACACCUUAGCAAAGCAGCUCAUGCACAGCACCACCACCACUGAACCCAUUUGCGGCGGUGCUGGGUCCUUUCUCAUCCAGUCCAGCUUAGAACCUCAUGGUUCGUGUAGGCUUGUGCCUGGAUUGACUGGGCUGGGACCAGGGUCUGAAUGUGGUCGGUUGGGUCCCAUGAGACCCACCCUUGACCUCAUGCAACUGCCUCAUGAUCCCUCUGCUUCUUUUCACAAGCAACAUGGUAAUGAGAAUAAUAGUAACAGUGCAAGGGAGGAUGAAGAGUGUGAGAUAUGGAAGUCUUUGGAGGGAACCCACGUUGUGUAAGAUUGCUUAGGGUAGGCCAUGGGGAUCAAGUUUUUGGGUUUUCAUUGUGAAAUUUGGGAAUUGUUUUUGUGGAAAUCAAUAUGGGAAAUAAGGUAAUUCUGUUAAAGUUUGAUUUCUCA